UCCCGUGCAUCCCCCUUGCGCCCCCCCCCCUUUAGGACUUUCGGGUGGACGGGCGGGGGUGAUGGAGGAAGAAGAAGGGUUGAAGAUGGUCGGCUAUGGUGGACGGGUGUGGGUGAUGAAGGAAGAAGGAGGGUUGGAGGUGGUUGGCUAUGGUGGACGGGUGUGGGUGAUAGAGGAGGAAGAAGGGUUGAAGGUGGUCGACUAUGGUGGACGGGUGCGAGUGAUGGAGGAAGAAGAAGGGUUGGAGGUGGUUAGCUAUGGUGUACGGGCGUGGGUGAUGGAGAAGGAAGAAGGUUUGGGGGUGGUCGGCUAUGUUGGACGGGCGUGGGUGAUGGAGGACGAAGAAGGGUCGGGGGUGGUCGGCUAUGGUGGACGGGUGUGGGUGAGGGAGGAGGAAAAAUGGUUGGGGGUGGUCGGCUAUGGUGGACGGGUAUGGGUGAUGGAGGAAGAAGAAGGGUUGGAGGUGGUUGGCUAUGGUGGACGGGUGUGGGUGAUGGAGGAAGAAGAAGGGUUGGAGGUGGUCGGCUAUGGUGGACGGGUGUGGGUGAUGAAGGAAGAAGAAGGGUUGAAGUUGGUUGGCUAUGGUGGACGGGUGUGGUUGGAGGUGGUUAGCUAUGGUGGACGAGUGUGGGUGAUGAAGGAGGAAGGAGGGUUGGAGGUGGUUGGCUAUGGUGGACGGGUGUGGGUGAUGGAGGUGGAAGAAGGGUUUGGGGUGGUCGGCUAUGGUGGACGGGUGAUAGUGAUGGAGGAAGAAGAAGGGUUGGAGGUGGGUAGCUAUGGUGGACGGGCGUGGGUGAUGCAGGAGGAAGAAGCGUUGGGGGUGGUGGGCUAUGGUGGACGGGCGUGGGUGAUGGAGGAGGACGAAGGGUCGGGGGUGGUCGGCUAUGGUGGAUGGGUGUGGGUGAGGGAGGAGGAAGAAGGGUUGGGGGUGGUCGGCUGUGGUGGACGGGUGUGGGCGAUGGAGGAGGAAGAAGGGUUGGAGGUGGUUGGCUAUGGUGGACGGGUGUGGGUGAUGGAGGAAGAAGGGUUGGAGGUGGUCGGCUAUGGUGGACGGGUGUGGGUGAUGGAGGAGGAAGAAGGGUUGGUGGUGGUCGGCUAUGGUGGACGGGUGUGGGUGAUGGAGGAAGAAGGGUUGGAGGUGGUCGGCUAUGGUGGACGGGUGUGGGUGAUGAAGGAAGAAGAAGGGUUGGAGGUGGUUGGCUAUGGUGGACGUGUGUGGGUGAUGGAGGAAGAAGAAGGGUUGAAGGUGGUUAGCUAUGGUGGACGGGUGUGGGUGAUGGAGGAGGAAGAAGGGUUGGGGGUGGUUGGCUACGGUGGACGGAAGGGUCGGGGGGUGGUCGGCUAUGGUGGACGGGUGUGGGUGAGGGAGGAGGAAGAAGGGUUGGGGGCGGUCGGCUAUGGUGGACGGGUGUGGGUGAUGGAGGAAGAAGAAGGGUUGGAGGUGGUUGGCUAUGGUGGACGGUUGUGGGUGAUGGGGGAAGAAGAAGGGUUGGAGGUGGUCGGCGAUGGUGGACGGGUGUGGGUGAUGAAGGAACAAGAAGGGUUGGAGGUGGUUGGCUAUGGUGGACGGGUGUGGGUGAUGGAGGAAGAAGAAGGGUUGGAGGUGGCUGGCUAUGGUGGACGGGUGUGGGUGAAGGAGGAGGAAGGAGGGUUGGAGGUGGUCGGCUAUGGUGGACGGGUGUGAGUGAUGGAGGAGGGAGAAGGCUUGGGGUGGUCCGGCUAUGGAGGAUGGACGUGAAAGAACGCCUGUUGGACGUAUCCUAACUCAUAACCUCG